AAACAAUCAACUAAAUUGCACUAAAACGUUGGUCUCAGUAAAAUGUAAUAAAGUAUUGCAAAUAAAUUAAAAUAAUACAUUCCAAUUUCUGUAACAGACAUAACAGGAAAAAUCAGGAGUCAAGAUGAUGCAGUUUAUGCUAUUAUUUAGCCGUCAAGGCAAAUUGAGGCUUCAGAAGUGGUACGUGGCUCAUCCAGAUAAGCUAAAGAAGAAAAUAACUAGAGAAUUGAUUACCACAGUGCUAGCUCGAAAACCCAAAAUGUGUUCUUUCCUUGAAUGGAAAGAUGUUAAAGUUGUGUAUAAAAGAUAUGCAUCACUAUAUUUCUGCUGUGCUAUGGAACAAGAAGACAAUGAGCUGCUGACCUUGGAGUUGAUCCAUCGCUAUGUAGAACUGCUGGACAAGUAUUUUGGCAGUGUUUGUGAACUGGACAUCAUCUUUAACUUUGAGAAAGCUUACUUCAUACUUGAUGAACUGGUUCUUGGUGGAGAGCUACAAGAAACCAGCAAGAAGAAUGUCCUGAAAGCCAUCGCUGCCCAGGAUCUUCUGCAGGAGGAGGAGACACCGCAGGGCUUCUUCGAAGACCACGGCCUCGGAUAAGCCGCCGCGCCAUCUGUCCUUCGUUCCGGCAACUCAGCAAAUUCAUUUGCUAUAUAGUAUUAAUAAUCUUAGUAUCUCAUUAAUUGUAACAGUGGCAGCUCUAUUAUGUUUUUUUUUUAUUGUUGCUCAUACAUUUAGCAGCCGUAUCGAUGACGCACGCUAAUGUGAUUAAAUUUUAAUAACAUUCCAUGAAAAGAAAAAAAAAACAAUUCGUGAUAACUUAACGGUCUUAAACUUAACUUGUAUUUAUAAGUGUGUUGUUUUUUAAAGUACGUAAAAUUCAAUGCUUAAAUAAUGGACCUAAUUUCUUGUAGAAAAUAGUAUGCAUGUUAUAGUUUAGGGCUGUCACAGUAUGUGAGCAAUAAAAUAAUAUGUUUUAGUAAUGUAUAGAAGACUUAAAAACAUACUUUCACAUUAAAAAUGUUAAAAACAGAAAGGAUAUUAUUGCAUGGGUGCCAAACAAAAACAAAAAGAACUAUCGACAUUUUCACGGGAACGCGAGCAGACGGAUUGUGUGCGUGUGUUUUAUUUUUCUUCAGUUCUAAAUGCGGAAUAAUGUUAGAAAUCGUUUAGAAUCUGCGAAAUUGAAGAACUGAGAGGAAAACGAAAUAAAGUGACGUGACUUCUCGCGUUCUUUCAAAAGUCCUCGAAAAAAAGGGUCACUAAAAUCUUAUAAGUGACUGGGACAUUAUUUCAAUCUAGCUUUCUCCCUAUAUCCCAGAUAAAUCGUGCUACAAUUUACAUUUCAUAUAAGAAAGCAUGGAAUAAUAAUACAUGAAGAUUCGGCUAAAGCAGUACAUUCUAAUACAUUAAAGAAAUAAAAGAGUAAUAUUACAUAAAACAAUUCUCCCACAAUGUCAUUGUUUGGAACCAAAUAAAUACAAGUAUUUACAUAGAAAAUUAAUUUUCGUUUAAGAUAACGACUCAUACUCGUAUACAAACCAAAGCUAUUUACGCACAGAACUCCAAUCCAAAGCCAAACCUUAUGUACAGCACUGGUUACGUCUUUAUAGUGUAUUUUAGGCUAGAGGUCAGUCACGUGUUGGUACUAGCAUUGGCGAAGUCCAUAGGCAAAUUGCGAGUCGAUAAAACUACUUUUAUAGUCUAUUUAUUUUCAUUAAAUUACUUCAAACGUU